AUGACGGUUCUUCUCGCGCUCUCGUGUCUGGCCUUGGCUGGUCAAGCCUUCGGUGCGUUUCCCGACUGUGCCAAUGGCCCACUCACCACCAAUACUGUGUGCGACACGUCUGCUACACCGCUUGAGCGCGCGACCGCUUUGAUUAGCCUCUUCACAUUGGAGGAGAAAAUAAACAAUACCGGCAACACCGCGCCCGGGGUACCACGCCUGGGAUUGCCUGCAUACCAGUGGUGGCAAGAGGCCUUACACGGCGUUGCGGAGUCUCCAGGAGUCAUCUUCGCGCCAUCUGGAGAAUAUAGCUAUGCGACAUCGUUCCCCCAGCCGAUUCUCAUGGGAGCUGCCUUCGACGACGCACUCAUUAACCACGUUGCAACGAUCGUCAGUACGGAAGCACGUGCAUUCAAUAAUGCUAACCGCUCUGGGAUCGACUUCUGGACACCGAACAUCAAUCCGUUCAAGGACCCGCGAUGGGGAAGAGGCCAGGAGACACCUGGAGAGGAUCCCUUCCAUCUGCAGUCAUAUGUUUACAACCUGAUCACCGGUCUGCAAGGCGGACUUGACCCUGAAUACAAGCGGAUCGUUGCCACCUGCAAGCACUUUGCAGCAUAUGAUCUCGAAAAUUGGGAGGGCAACGUCCGCUAUGGCUUCGAUGCGCUCGUCUCAUUGCAAGACCUGUCAGAGUUUUACACCCGGUCCUUCAGGACUUGCGCCCGCGAUGCCAACGUCGGCUCCUUCAUGUGCUCUUACAAUGCUGUGAACGGAGUACCGUCGUGCGCAAACUCCUACCUCCUGCAGGACAUCCUUCGCGAUCACUGGGGCUGGACCAACGAGGACCAAUACAUCACCUCCGAUUGUGACGCCAUUCAGAACAUCUACGAACCCCACUACUACACAGCCACGCGCGCGGAGACCGUCGCUGAUGCCCUGAACGCCGGCACAGACCUCGAUUGUGGAGAAUAUUAUCCCGAGAACCUCGGCGCAGCGUACGACCAGGGCUUGUUCACUGAGUCCACUCUCAACCGCGCUCUCAUCCGCCAAUAUGCUGCCCUUGUGAAGCUCGGCUACUUCGACCCCGCGGAUAUUCAGCCAUAUCGCCAGAUUGGUUGGGCGAACGUCAGCACGCCUGAAGCCGAAGAGCUGGCGUACACCGCCGCUGUGGAGGGCAUCACGUUGCUCAAGAACGAUGGCACACUCCCCCUGUCGCCGUCCAUCAAAACUAUUGCGCUCAUCGGACCCUGGGCAAACGCGACCACACAGAUGCAAGGGAACUAUUAUGGUGUUGCGCCCUAUCUGAUCAGUCCGUUGAUGGCGGCGGAAGAGUUGGGCUUCACCGUGUACUACUCUGCCGGACCCGGUGUCGAUGAUCCUACCACCAGUUCGUUCCCCGCCGCCUUCGCUGCAGCCGAGGCCGCGGAUGCUAUCAUCUACGCUGGUGGGAUCGACAUCACCGUCGAGGCUGAGGCCAUGGACCGUUACACCCUCGACUGGCCAGGCGUCCAGCCUGACUUUAUCGACCAGCUGUCGCUGUUGGGGAAGCCUCUGAUUGUAUUGCAGUUCGGCGGUGGUCAGAUCGAUGACUCGGCCUUGCUCCCGAACCCCGGUGUCAACGCCCUUGUCUGGGGUGGCUACCCAGGACAGAGCGGUGGCAAGGCGAUCAUGGACAUCAUCGUGGGGAAUGCCGCACCCGCGGGCCGUCUUCCCAUCACACAAUACCCUCUCGAUUACGUUUACCAGGUCGCGAUGACAGACAUGUCGCUGCGCCCCAGCCCGACGAACCCCGGUCGUACCUACAUGUGGUACACCGGCACGCCGAUUGUUGAGUUUGGGUUCGGCCUCCACUACACGACGUUCACCGCCUCGCUCUCUCAGCCGUCUGCCCCUUCGUACGACAUUGCCACGCUAGUGAGCUUGUGCAGUGGUGUCGCGCAUCCUGAUCUCUGCCCAUUCGCCUCGUAUACGGCGAACGUCACGAAUACCGGCAGCUCGGUGACCUCGGACUUUGUUUCGUUGCUGUUCUUGGCGGGCGAGCACGGUCCGGCGCCAUACCCGAACAAGGUCCUCGUCGCAUACGAUCGUCUCCACGCCAUCGCACCGUUGGCAAGCCAGACGACGACGCUCAACCUGACGCUGGGCUCAUUGUCGCGAGUUGACGACUAUGGAAACACUAUCCUUUACCCAGGAGAAUAUACCCUCAUCUUCGAUGUGGAUGCAAAGUCGACAAGGAGAUUCUUGACUACUGGCCCCAACCGUAACAAUGCCCGCCCCCUUCGAGGUGGAGAUAACGGUUAUGAGGUUAUGCGUUUGUCUCCGACAUUCAUUAUCCCCUUUCUUGCCCCUUUGCGCGCUACGCAACACAGCCCACUGAACCGCCUCGCCAGUACCUUGCCUACAUCAGUCACCGCCGCCGUCCAAGUCAAACUACGCUACUUUCAUUACAGCCGUCCAGCUAUGAGUGGUCCCAGCAAGACUAAGAACGAUACUGAGUGGAAGGCAAUCCUCUCCCCGGAACAGUUCCGCAUUCUCCGACAGAAGGGCACUGAACCCGCAGGCUCGGGCAAGUAUGAGAACUUCAAAGGCGAGGGCAUCUUCGCCUGCGCUGGAUGCGGCACCCCGCUUUACAAAUCUACCACGAAGUUCGACAGCGGGUGCGGAUGGCCUGCAUUCUUCGACGCUAUUCCCGGCGCGGUGAACCGCCACGAAGAUCGUUCCUUUGGGAUGACACGCACUGAGAUUACGUGCACCGCGUGCGGCGGACAUCUGGGGCAUGUCUUCAAGGGAGAAGGCUACAAGACUCCUACGGAUGAACGUCAUUGCGUAAACUCCAUCUCGCUGAACUUUGUUGACGAACCGAAAGCCUGAGUGUGCGUUGUGCCGAUCGGGGGAUAUUGUAUCAUCACUGUACGUCUGUAUCAACAACAUCUGGAUGUAGAAUAUGUCUCCGGUGAACGGCAGGCUGUUUGUAGGCACGCUCAGCCUUGACAAUGAGCAUAAUAUUUACCGAUAA